UCUCUUUAGUUGUGUAGUAUUAUAUAAUAAUUAUAUUAAGAUGUUGAAUUUUCAAUGCUUCUCCUGAAAAAGUACAUAAUUUGCUUAUAUGUGUUAGAACACGGUAAGUACAAUAUAAAUCCACCAUUACAUAUAUUAUAUUAUCGACAUUGUAAUGUUUUAAAUAGCAAACACCCAUGUUAAAUAUCCCUGUGUGCCUGUCUUUUGCAAUGUGUUUAUUUGAGCCUUGCAGCUAGGUAUCAGUUUCUCUAAUUAAAUAUACUUGACCUACUCAAUUUGUGUUCACAAAUGACUUCCUGUUAAAGGAAUUCUUAGGGUUUCAACUCUUGCUGUUGACUUAGUAGUAGGAGUUGAUAAGGGUUAAAUUUGGAAUUCUUUGAUUAAAAUAAACAGAAAAUAUCAUUGCAUCAGCAAGAACAACAACAUUCAUAUAUAAUUUAUUUGCGAUAAUGAUUUCCCAGUUAGCAGAGAAAUGCUCAGGUUCCUAAUCUGUCUGUCUAUUGAAUAGGUCCUGACAUCAUAAUGAGCAAUAAGGUGUGGACAACAAAGAGAGAUAUCCUCAAAGACCUGGCAGAAGUGAAUGGAAGAAGAUUGCAGAAAUUGCACAACAGCGAUUUGAUUGUUGGCCAAAAACCACCACCAAUGCGGCUGUAUCAAGAUGAAAAUAGUUUAGAUGAAUUGAAUCUCCGUUUCGGCAUUGCCCAGGGGGAGAUAACAGUUGAUGAAGAAACAAAACCAGAUCUCAACGCGAUUAAGCACAUGCUACGUGUGGUAAACGAUUAUACGGAAAGUGAGGUGAAAGAGGUAAAACAGAGCUCUACUACUUCAAAGGGUUCUUUUGAUAUUACAAUAACUAAGUUAAAUCCUAAUGUAGAAGAAUUUGUGCCAAGAACUAUGCAUGAUUCUAAAACUUGUGAAAGACAAAAUAUAAGUGUAAUAAAAAAGACUGAUAGGGAUGUUACAUCAAAAAAUGAUAAGAGUGAAACUAAUUUUACAAUUGCUAAUCAUAAUGAACGCAAUAGGGAGGUAAACGAUUCUCUUAGUGCUAGUAAUAAGAUAGUUAAAGGUACUGAGAACAAAGAUAUAGUUAUGCAGGCAUCACUAGACAAUGCAAUUUGCACACAAGCAGCAAAUGAGCUGAAAAAAACUAUAUUAAUGAGUAAUGCGAAAAACCCACAAAUGAAGAAAGCCAAAAAUGUGGCUAUAGCUAAUCUACAGAAGCUUCUGUCAAUACCGAAUGAAAAUUUGAAAAGUCGUACAGUUAAAAAUGAAAUCAAAUUAAUCACUCCAGACUAUUACGAGAAAUGCAAAAGUUUGCCUUUGGAAAAAGAGGGAGCUACAGAAAUUCCAAUUAAACAAAAAGUUAUGAGAAUUACCAAAGUGCCUUUACUAGAUAUUGACACUGAUAUUGAUAACAAAAAUCAAGUUGAUGAUAGCAUAUGUAACAGGAAAAAAUUUGCUGCUCCGAAAGAUUAUGAAAUCAAUUUAAGAAAAUCACCCAUGAAUGUGAUAAAUUCUGAAAUUGAAAUAAACUCUGCAUUACCUCAAAGAUUUGAUAAACCUCUGUCCUUACCAGAAAUUAAAAAUGGAGCUACAGAAGCAUUGACGAAUGUUAACGCGUCUGAUUCACAAAUACAAAAUUCCAUAAAGAAAGUAAGUACUUGGCUCAAUGAAACUGACGAAAAACUAAUAAAAACAGGAUUAUUUCUCAAUCCUGUGACUUUCAAACGGAAAGAUACAAGCAGAAGGAAUUCUCCCGUUGAAACUGAGAAAAAGGUUGCCAAGCAAUCAAACUACUGUGUCACUGAACAGUACAAGCCUUCUAAAUACGCUGAUGAAUUGAUGCAAAUGUACACAGCCAGGGUAGAGGAGAAGAAAAAGAAAGAACUUGGAAACACAUGGGUGAAUCUGGACAGAAUCCUGAAGGAGAAAGACGAUGAACUCAAGAGGGCCAAAUCUGGAAACUCUAUGGAAGAUUCUGAAAAUAUACAAAUGCCUUUGAACAUAUAGAUUUCCUUGUUAAAUUUUAAGCAAAUUGACUCAUAAUUAUUUUUCUAUUAGCUGUCUUCCGAAUCAGUGAGAGUGAUGUUCUGAAUAGAGUAUAAAAUGCAGCAGUGUUGCAGGCAUGCACGACAUUUAAAAAGAUUAAUCUGUAUCAAAUUUAUAUAUGUUUGGCUUGCAUUUAAAAAGGAUCACCAAACUCAUAGCAAACAAUUAAAUAUCAAAGCUCCAUUUGCAUAACUGUACAAACAAAUAGCAUGCAACCUGUCAAAACGUAUUGGUAUUGUUAAUGUCAAGCAACACUACCAGAGUAUUUGCUCGUCUGCUUACGCUAGCUAAUAGAAUGGUCGUUUUAAUUGUAUACAAUGUUUGUAUAUUAUGUUAUUAUUCAAUUGGUAAGGGAAUUUAUGCUCAUGGCCCAGUGGUAUCAAGUGGGUCUCUUAGAUGAGGUCGGAGGCUUAAAAUUGGAUGUACAAACCAUUACGAUUUGACUAUUUAUGAAAGUCAUAAAUAUGUAAGGUAAAUGUGUUCACUAGUGUUCACGGUUGACAUCUUGUUUACAAUGUUUAUAUCGGGACAUUUCUCACACAACUCUGUAUACAGGCUGGCUGUAAAGUUAAUUCCCUGAUAUUGUGUUAAAUGACCGUGGAACGUGUAACAAGCUUAUAAUGUUCAUAUUUGUGUAACAUUAGCACAAUGUUGGAUUUGAUGGUUCACAGACAUGAUUUGCACUUGGGUCUUGUUGAUUUAUCGGAACAUACACAUGGUAUCCUAUCUGCUUAGGAAUUUUCACUCUGCUGUAACAAAACUGAUUAAAAAAUUAUUUAAAAAGCACCAGACUCAUCUCCAUUUUAUUCUAAGUUGUUGUAACAUAGUCAUUAUGUUUGUUUGUUGAUAAAACGUUAAGAUUGUAUCGUGUUGCCUUCCAAGUCACUGAAGUAGGAAACCUAUGGAAAUGAAACGUCAACAAAAAACGCGUGCCACUAUGACGUCAUCUAGCCGCUAAACAUGGCGGUUUUAGU